AUGGCCGCUACCUGGGAUCAAAAGCCAGUUCCGGAUUACUCUGCUCCUCAAGCGCAACCACAGCAUGUCCCCCAAGCCUCUGCGCCAAAUCCCUAUCAACAGCCAGCCUCCCCCCAACCCCAACAACAAUACCAUCAACAGCCCGUGCAACCCACGCACCCCGUGCAACAGCCUCAACAAGCACAUGCCGCAAUCCCCUUACAAGAGACAGCUCCGGGUCAACAACCACAACCAGUCUAUAAUCAGGGUGGACACCCACAGGCAGUGCCAGGCCCAGCUGGCCAGAGGACAUUCCAGAAUGCGACGCCAUUAGCGAGUUUAGGGAGAGGUCCGGCACCAGCUGACUGCCCAGCAUGUGGGCAGAGGGCUAUGACCCGGGUCACACAUGUCACAGGAAACUAUACGCAUGCAUGGGCCCUUGGACUCUGCUGUUUCACUUGGUGCCUCUGCUGGGUGCCUUACGUCAUAGACAGUUUCAAGGACGUCGACCACCACUGCGGACAAUGCGGCGUGAUGCUCGCUACGUGGCAUAAGAGCGGCAGCGUGGAGGUGCAUCAACAUGCUUAA